AUGGAAAAUGUAAAUGAGUGGUAUCGAAUGGCUGAGUUCAGAGUUACUGGAAAGUCUCUCUUUGUCAACGCAGAGGAAGUUGUGAGUUGUUUAAACUUGCAGCACAAUUGCCACAAUGGCAACUGUAAGCUUACAAAGACGCGAAAGCUGAGGAUUGAGAGGAACGAUAGCGAGGUUAUGGCGCUUGAGAUCACCCACAACAAUGAAAAGCAAUUCAUCUUGAACUCCUGUUCUUUACAUUCUGUCGACUCGCAUCAAAGCACAUCCGGCCUGGUUUUUAAGAGGAUCGAACCACUUCAAUGGAUAGAUACUUUGCACGAGGGCUUGAAUAAAUGGAAGGCUAAUAAAAAGAAGGGCAAGACAGUAAUUCCCUCCAGACCUUCAACCUCUCGUGUUGAUCCUAGUUUUCUUAUUUAG